AUGGCUCCCACCUUCACCCAGAUCACGCUCGCGGAGCGGCCCAAAGAGCACAUUCUCCCCACCACUUUUGCGCGCAAGACCGUGCCCCUCGCCUCGCUCAAGCCAGGCCAAGGCGAGGUCCUCGUGAAGCUGCACUACCUCUCGCUGGACCCAGCAAUGCGCGGCUGGCUCCGCGACCAGCGUAGCUAUAUGCCCCCGGUCGGGAUCGGAGAGGUCAUGCGAGGGCAGGCUGUAGCAGAAGUCGUGGAGGCCGGGCCGGGGAGCAAGUUCACGAAGGGCGACAUUGUGGACGGACCAUUCGGUUGGGCAGAAUACGGUGUCUUCCCCGACAAAAUCGCCUCGAAAAUCAAUGCUCCCCCUGGCGUUGAUGUGCUUGACUUCCUUGGGCCGAUGGGCGGCACGGGCAUGACCGCGUACUUCGGUCUUCUCGAUGUCGGCAAAGUCAAGGCUGGUGAGAAGCUCGUCGUGUCCGGUGCAGCGGGUGCGACUGGUUCCAUGGUCUGCCAAUUCGGCAAGAAGAGAGGCGCAAAAGUCUACGCAAUCGCCGGCUCCCAGGCCAAGUGCGACUGGCUUGAGAAUGAUCUCGGCGUCGACAAGGCCUUCAAUUACAAGAGCCCCACAUUCCAUGCCGACUUCAAAAAGACGGUUGGCUUUUUGGAUGUCUAUUUCGACAACGUCGGCGGGGAGCUCCUCGACUUCAUGCUUUCGAGGUUGAACCUAAGGGCCCGGAUUGUCCUUUGCGGAGCAAUCUCCGAUUACAACAAGGCCAAGCCUAGUGGGCUCACCGGCUACAUGACUCUCAUUGCCCAACGGGCAAAGAUUGAAGGUUUCCUGGUGUUCGAUUAUGCGUCCCGUUAUCCGGAGGCUCAGAAGGAUAUCGCAACGUGGUUGAGGGAUGGCAGUCUCAAACGUCGCUUCCACGUGGUAAAGGGUCUACAGAACGCGCCGGAAGCGCUGAACUUGCUCUUCAACGGAGGCAACACCGGAAAACUUGUCGUUCAAGUCGCGGAUACUCCUGCGAAACUGUAG